AUGCGGCGGCGGCGGCGGCGGCCGCGGCGGGCAGCCGGCGGCGGUGGGGCGCGGGCCGGGGCGCCGCUGGGGGGCGCCCCGGACCCCAACCCCGCCGUGGGCCGGCCGGCCGGGCGGGGGGCGGGCUCGGCGGGCCCGGGGCCCCUCCCUGCGCCGUCCCCGGCCCUGGGGAGCCCCGCGCUGGCACUCGACCAGGCCCCGGACGUCUUCGUCCUGCGGGUGCUGCUGGAGGAGACCGGGGAGAUGUUCCAGGUGGCGCACUGCCACAGCGACAUGACCGUGCGCGAGCUCAAGGAGGAGCUGGAACUCGUCGUCGGCGUCCCCCUCGACCUGCAGCGGCUCCAGUACCUGGACCAAGGAGUUUUGAUGGAUGAUACCACACUGAAGUUCCAUGAUGUUGUUCCUGGUGGAAUUAUUUCAUUAUGUAUCUGGCAUUAUGAUGGAUGGACGGAACUGAUUUUGGCGGCUGUGGAAGGGGAUCCUAGUAAGCUGUCUUGUCUUGCUGUUGAUGAGGACUCCGUCUACCAAACUGCAAAUUCAAAGCAUCUUGGAGGCGAGCGGAGGAAGGAAUGGAUAUGUCAGAGGGCGUUCGUGGCCUUGUACGUUACCUCCCACAGAGGUCACCCAGAUGCUGUGCAGUACCUUCUAGAGCACGGAGCCAACUGUCUCCAAAGGACCCCCAUGGGCAGGACCGCCCUGCACGCGGCUGGGGCCAUGGGCCGUUUGGACUGUAUAAACCUGCUGCUCAACUACGGGGCCUCGGUCACCGACAAGGAUGCCAGGGGGGAGACCCCCAUGUCCGUCGCCCGGCGCAUGAACCGCAGACACGGCGAGAGGCGGAUGUUCCUUUUCUACUGGAUGACAAAGUCAGGGACGACAGACCCGAAGAAACUGCUCGCGAACCAGGUUUCUCACAGGGCGAAGGGUGGGUUUGGCUCCAAGAAGGGCCAGAUUUAGCUCCCACGGGCCACGUGUGCGCGUCGAAGCUGACUUGGGUCACCGUUCGGAGUUCAAGUCCACUGUGGCCCUCGGUGAGCAGGAAGCCAAGAAAACAUGGCAGUUGCUCUGAA